AUGCCGAAGAAAGAGGAUCUGAGCGACUUCCGGCUAGCCUCCAUGCCACGCCCACACCUGACGGCCCACCACUCAAGCUCACUACCAUCGACACCCUCCCAGCAUGCGCGAAAACUCUCCUUCGGUGCUCGCUCACCAUCUCCUACCAAAAUAGCGAAAGAGAUAUCUCCUAAAUCAACACACUCCGAAGAUGACAAUGGGGUGCGGUCGCAGAACAAGCCCCCCUCAAUUGCGGGGUGCAGAUAUGAGACUGGCAUGGCAUUUUCGAGGAGGCGGAUACCUUAUUCAAUAGGUGGAGAUCAAUUAGAAAGAGCAAAGACGAUGCCAAAGAAAUUUUUGAAUCCUGCCGACGAGGGAAAGCUGAGUGGAGAUAUGAGAGAGCUAUAUGACCGGAUACUUCCGACAAGAGAGAGCGACGAGAGGAGAGCAAGAUUUGUGCGGAAGCUAGAACGUAUAUUGAAUCAGCAAUGGCCGGGCAACGACAUCACGGUGCACGUCUUUGGGUCUUCUGGAAAUAUGCUGUGUACCAACGACUCAGACGUGGACAUAUGCAUUACGACACCUUUGAAAAUCUUGGAACGAGUGUGCUUGCUAGCCAACGCACUUGCAGACCAUGGGAUGGAACGAGUUGUCUGCGUGCCACAUGCGAAAGUGCCUAUAGUAAAGUUCUGGGAUCCCGAAUUGCAACUUGCUUGCGAUAUGAACGUCAACAACACCCUGGCUUUGGAGAAUACACGGAUGAUCAAGACCUACGUGGAGAUUGAUGAGCGUGUGCGGCCUCUCGCCAUGAUUGUCAAGCAGUGGACAAAACGCCGAAUACUCAACGAUGCUGCCCUAGGUGGUACCCUCAGCUCUUAUACCUGGAUAUGUCUAAUCUUAAACUUCCUACAAACACGGAAUCCUCCCGUCCUACCUUCCCUCCACAAAAGACCCCACGAACUCCAAGCAGGUUCUGAUAGCAGAUGUGCUGGGUUCAACGACGACCUUGAGCGGUUUCGUGGCUUUGGCAAGCUAAAUAACGAAACGCUUGGAGAACUUCUUUUCAGCUUCUUCAGAUGCUACGCUUACGAUCUGGAUUAUGAGAAAUGGGUCGUCUCUGUUCGGGAAGGGCGAUUGAUCUCAAAAGAAGGUAAGAAGUGGCACUUAAUGCAGAAUAACCGCCUCUGCGUCGAAGAGCCAUUCAAUACCGAUAGGAAUCUUGGCAACACAGCAGAUGAUAUUUCUUUUCGAGGUAUUCAUCUGGAACUAAGGCGGGCUUUCGACCUAGUCAAGGAGGCACAGCUUGCCGAUUGUCUUGAGCAGUACGAGUUUCCAGCCGCGGAAGAGAGAACAUGGGAGAAGCCCGCGCCGAAGCCGCCACCUGUGUUGUCUCGGAGCAGGAGUCAAUCGCAGUCAUCUACGAGGGGCAAUAGGGGAGGUCAUGGUAUUCGAGGAGGGGGCCGCCAUGGUCAGCACCACCGUUCGGGGCAGGGAGCCAGGAGAGCAUCCAGCGCCGCCGCCAUGAACAAGUAUGUGGCUCCUCAAAGUGGGCUACAAGGGAUCAGGGGUCGCGACUACUCAUCUCGGGAGCACCCUCUACAAGCCCAGUACGACCAGCUUCGCCUCCAUGACAGACUCUUCAACGAGUUUCAGCUCCUACAACAACAGGAACAUGAGUUACGGCUUAUACAAGCUCAGAGAGAGCUUGAGGCUCAAAUGGCCCAAGCUACCCACGCAUCCAGGAAUGGCUCGUUAAUCCCACAUCAAGGAGCACCAGGACAGCCCCCUCCCAUGCCUAAAAACCAUCAGAUUCCCCUCACGGCUCCCAUACGAAGCGGGCAAUACUUCUACCCAUUCGCAUAUCCACAGGUACAAGGUACAUCGCAGCCAAACGUACAUACGCAACCUUCAUCUCCUUCGAUGAAGCCUGCACAACCGGACCUGAGACGCAGCCUACACCGUUCUUCGGCUGCGGAAAUUGCGCAUGCUGCAAACCAUCGAUCUCAUUCGCAGCCGGCUAGACCGAUUCCCGUGAACGUGGCUGCACAGAGCGCACCUCCACUUCCUCUCAAUAGUGCUGCGUUCUUGCAAUACCAGCAAUUCCGCCAGCAACAGUUAUACAAUCAAAUUGAGCAAGGCCGAUACAGACAUGUUGAGGUGCCCAUGUAUCAGGAUCCAAGGCGGUUACCAAUGGAUCAACCCUUGGAAGAGGAUGUGCCGAAGGAAUAUGUGGGGUACUGGGUGAACGACUCGCCGCCGCCCCGACUCUACAGAGAUGACCCACGAUUUCCAGCAUAUCAAGAUUUACAUCCUCGUGUUAGAGGUGUACCUCAAAACUUCAGCAGGCUGAGGGAUACCUCGAGGUCUCCAUCUCCGUCACCUGCGCUCCCAUUCCGCGAUCGCGCUUACAGUGUUCGAUCUGCAUCGUCUGCUCCCUCUGGACCCUUGCAGCCACGUAUGGAUAGGGUCCAAAUUGCCGCGCCAGGCUCGCGUGCUUCCGGUCCGCUAAUAAUAAACGGCUCUGAUGAGUGGAACAUGUCCGAUUAUCCAAUGAUCCCAGAGGCUUCAUCCCAUACUACGACGAUAAGUGAAGCAACGUCGGGUUCUGACGACCGCUUGUAUGAGACUCCCGCCACUACUGAAAUGGAUACGCCAAACCACCAUCAUGGUGUUGAUGAUGGAUUUGUACAGGACGACCCCAAUCAGUAUUUUCAUGCGCGCAUGACGGCUGAACCUUCCAGCACAUUGGCCAAAGGUCGAGGUGGCAAAAUAGAUUCGAUCAUGCGGCGUGCCAACCCUCCAUUGAACGAUAUCACUACCUCUUCGAAUACAAAUAACCGGACAGAGAAACUGAACAGAUCUGCCGGUGGCCUAGGCAUACAAUUUGGAGAACAUGAGAUUAAUCGUCCGUCUGUGAAGGCUGAAAUGCCAAUCUCGCCUGGGGCAGCGCGCGAUCCUGCUGCAGCCUCAAAGCCAGACGUGAUACCCAACGUACAGCCAGACUUGAAAACAGACCACUUCAUUGGUCGAACUGAGAAGCUACCAAUGCCUAUCCCUGUUCCACUGCUAUCACCUGUCCGUGAAGUACGAACCCCAUCCCCAUCAGCAGCAUGGCGAAGACAGAUUGGAGAAGCAGAAUUACGACGCAGUAACGGGCGCUUCGCUGGCAAGCUAGAUCUCCGCAUACCCACUUAUGCAGACCUCGUGCGUGCGAAACAGGAAAAGCAGAGCCUGAAUGGGACAUUGGGGCAGAAGCCCAACGGGACCUCGUCUUCGCAACUUGCAGAGAGCGCCAAGUCGAUUCGGUCGCCUCUGAGCCCGAGGACGAAAGAGACACCGCAGCAUACGCUGGAAAACGCCAAGGCGCAACCGCAAGUCAACGGAUGGCAGCAGUCGGGCAAGAAGGGCAAGAAGAACAAGUCAAGGCCUAGCUCGGGCCAGAUACAGAUACUACCCGGUGAGGUGAUGCCAGCCAACGAAGCUGAGCGAAAAGGUGGUUGA